AUGACGGCUCGAGAUGCCGCGUUGGUGUUGUUGUUGGACUCGCUGGCAAUGCUACCGCUACCGUCUGCGUUUUGUACGAUGAUGUGCGGAUGCACUGUAGGCAGAGGCUUUCGGGGUUGCAAGCCUAUCUAUGCCUUUCGUAGGAUGGUUUGGUUGAUACACCAGAGGCAUACUCCAUACGCGUUGAGUGGUCCAAUUGGGAGUUGGGCCAAAAGAGGUAAGCUGCAAUGGGUAGUCGGCACGUCAAGAGAAGAGAGGCAUAAACUGUCGUGGAUCGCGAACGCGCCAGCGGGGGAGCAUGGUGGAGAGCGGGCGGGAGCUCAGCCUCCUCGAUGA